AUGGGGAAGCCUGUGUCUGCAGUUCUUCUGAUCCUGUUUGCAGUGAUGCUGAUGGGCACUGGGGCCAAAAAUGUAAGCUAUCUCUUUUUUAUCCUGCUGAUAUGACAUUAUGCAGAAAAUAUCAGAUUCCAUUAAACCAACAGCAGCAACUCUAAUCUGCACAGCUCUUGCCUUUUUCUUAAAUCCUUCAUGUUUUUAUUUAGUUCAUGUAAUGACACAAUGACUCAACCUUGUUUGAAGCUUUUUAAGGAUUGUAUUGUUGCUUAUUCAACAGUAUCGCAGGGUGCAACACAUGCAGCAUCAGUAGAGUUUAGUUUCUCAUUAUUUCUUCGCUAAACUAAACCUGAUGCUCUCCCAGCGAGUCACUGUUUAUAGGAGACGAGCGUCUUUCUAAAACAGAGUGUUUCCUGUUGCGUUUAGCGUUCGCACCAUUCAUCCUCACAGCCUUUACUUUGAUAUACAACCCUGUGGUCUGUUUGCAACUGUAGUGUCUAUGCCUCUCUGCAAACAUCUCGUAUCCUGAAGAGAUGCACGUUUCUCACAGUCUGUUUGCGCAUGUUGUGUACAAAAUCCUUCAGAUGGCUAUGUUGGUGGGCCUUUUAAUAGAAGGUCAUUGAAAAGGGACAGAAUUUAAAAGGGAAACAAGCUGCCACAAGGGAAAGCAGUAAGAACUAUUGACCAGUUAUGAUGUUGCUCUAAAUAAUGUUAUAAUUUAUUAGACUGAAACAGAAAUAAUUAACUACAGAGCUCAGCUUAAAUGAGUAAACCCCUUUGGAGUUGUCUGAAAACCUUUAGUUUCCUUUCAAAACCAACAUUUUCUAUGUCAGGUUAUACAACAAAAUACUCCCCCAAAUGUUGGCCAUUGAUUACACCAAGAUUUUUUAAGUUGCAUACAAAAAAUGAUUUUUUUUUAUUUUUUUCAAUGUAAAAACAGGAUGCAAAAGUGAGUACACCCUAAUCAAAGUUCUAGGAGCAAAGCUAAAUUUUAGUAACCAUAUUACCUUUAUUUUAAUCUUAUGGUGAAUAAAAUGUGAUGUUAAACUCAGCUUUGUCAACAUUUUGGAAAUUGUACUUUUGCUCAUUUAGAUAUUGAGUAAUAUAUUACUUUUGAUAAGGGGUGUACUGACCUUUGCUGGGUACUGUAUAUGCAGCACAGAUACCGUUACACUUCCAACACUGUUAUAGCAAUAGCAAAGAAGAUCCCCUUCUUAUUGAAUAAAGAUAAGCAUUAAAUGAAUAUCUGGUGUAAUUAGCUUCAUCUUAUUAUCAUUUCAUGUGUUUUAAGAAUUUAAAAACAGUAAAAAUACCACAAUCAAAACACCUAGUUUCAAAAUACAGUAUAUAACUCAUAGUGCUAAGCCUGUUUUCUGUUCUUCUUUUUUUUUCCACAAAGGUUUGUUGAAUCUGAAAUGUAAUGCAUCUCAAAUGACUUGGCAAAAACUUAUAAUGGUUCAUUAUAUCAGAAGAUGAAAGCCUAUGCUAAUCUAAUUCAGUCCAAAGGCGAUCCAUUUUGUGACUUUCUCCCUUUUUUACUGUGUUUGCAUCAAUUAACCUUUCACUCUGAGGAUAAGCAGUGGUGUUACAGCCCUCAAAUUUAAAGCCACCGUGUUGAGCAGAGACACAGGAGGUAUUAGCUCGUAGCACUGGAGAGUUAUAGGUGUUGUUUGGGCAAAUUGCUUCUAUAAAUCCCCUACAAAUCCCUCCAAAGUAAACUUUCUCCCCUGUGGUAUAACAGUUUAUUGAUUAACACCAUGUUUGUAAAAGCAGCGAUUUAUUGUGUACAAUUUGGAUCACUGAAAUGGGCAGACUGCCCUCAGUGUCUGUGCUUCCAAUCUGCGGGAUGAAACUUUGUGGAGUUUGUUCAUGUUCAGAUGGACAAGUUUGUUUAGUUUCUGCAUGGUCGGUGGUUAUGAAUAAUUCAAUCCGCUGACGGUAGUAUAGGAUGCAUGUUUUUCUUCUUGACCGGUGUGACACCCUUUGUUUGCAAUUUAUCUGUUACCGUGUAUUUCUGAUCGAACGAUGUAACUUCUUCUUCUCAGUGUGUGUGCAAUGGAAAAUCAAGAUGUCACUGUGAAGGAGUGAAAGGCAGUAAGGUGAGUGUAUAAUUUACUUUCUGUGAAAAACACAUGGUUUAUCAUGAUUUAAUUUAUGCUCAUAGAGGUUAGCAAGCCUUUGUUUUUAAAAUAUUAUCAGUUUUCUGUCAGUAGUCUUUGACAGAACAGAUUCUUGUGUUGAUUCAAAGCUGAUACUCAAGGCUUAGAGAAAGUCCAAUGACCCGUGUUAGUGUUUGCCAAUUUUCUCACCAUUUCUCCUCCACUCUGAUUGUCCAUUAAAUGAGUUGUAUUUGUCAACCAGUAGACAACCACCUGGGAGAGCUCUAAAAUUGGUUGAAGCUAAAGUUUUGGCUUUAACAAGGGUAGCUGUCAUGCUGUCAAUGAUUUAUACAGUAUAUAAGUAAACCAUGUGAGACCUUCUGAGUGCUUGUUUGAGCUCCUUUGGCAUUUUAUUUAUUAAACUUAAGACUUGUAUUUUAAAUAUGUAGAAAGAAAUAUCCACUGGUAGGACUCCAAAACUGAAACAGCCACAUGCAGUUCAGCUGACUAUAUUAAAAUUGUUUACAUGUGCUUUAACUGUAUCAUAUAAGUCUUUUCUAUGUCAUGUCAGGUCGGUAAAUCUUGCUUUUAACAUCUUGAAGUCAAGUGUCGAGUGUCACAGUGUCAAGUAGGUUUUAGGUUUUAUUUGGCCUAUUUCAGAAAUCUUUCAUUAAAAUUUACUUUGUCAAGAGAGACCGUCACAAGAAAUGGCACAUCGUCGGUCGAAAGCAGGUGAAACCCAGCUUUGGACUACAAACAGUCUUGUAUACAUUCAGUUGAUAACUUUAUUGACCAACUUAGGAGCAUUAGGAAGUGAACAAAGUCUGCAAAGUGAAAUUAGUCAGGGCAUUUCUAGUCCAAACAACCUGCUUAUAACAGGUUUGUCUACAGCAGUAAUAUUUGACUUUAUGAAGCCAUGAAGACGAAUGUUUUUAGCGAAAUAUGUGAAUAUCAGCUCCUGGUACAGGCUCUCUUGAUAUCAUGCAUCGACUACUGCAACUCCUUACUGGCAGACCUCCCUGCAUGCACAGUCAAACCUCUCUCUUCAAACCCAGUCCAACCCAACCUCACUCACCAGACUCUUCUCCUCUGUUGUCCCCCGUUGGUGGAAUAAAUUAUCACACUCUUAUCAGCUCAACAGAGUCCCUUUCCAUGUUUAAGGAAAAGCUAAAGACUAAGGUCUUUAGGGAACACCUGUGAACUUAAGUUUGGUUCUUCUCCAUCGUAGCUGCCAUUGCUAAAUUGACUUAUACAACCUCUUUGCUUUAAACAGUCCCCUUCUACUUCUGAGACACUUAUUGGUCCAGUUCUUUGUGAAAAACUUUCUAACUUAGAGGGUUUGGCAUUUAUGGUUAUGGUGUUGUGUAUAUUGGUCAUGAUGAUGAUGAUGAUGCAAUUUAUAAAAACUUCCUUGAAACUCCACAACAUCAUUAUGUCCAACUAGAGGCAGUUUUUGGCACUUACUCAUGUUUGGUCCUUCUGUUUAGAUUGUUGCUCGUGUUUUAUUUACUCUUAAAUGUACGUCGCUUUGGACAAGAGCAUCUACUAAAUGACUUUUUAACAUUAUAACAUCUGCUCUUAUUGGCUCCAUGCUGUCUCAUUCAACAGCAGGGAUUUUAAACAGCAGUCCUCUGGUAGUAUUUGAGCAUUCAGCAGCAUUUCAACAAACAUCCAGUGAACUCUUUGUAUCCCUAAAGGCACUGUGAGAGGUUUUUAACUGGUUGAGAAACAGGCUAAGACUGAUACUGUUGUCUUUUUAUGACCUUCGAAAGCAAAUAAGACCAUCAGGAAUGAGACUGAUGUGUCCUUUCCUGAAACUGCUGUGAGACCAGAUGGCAUCAGGAUGAAACAGCUGUCUUUUUUACUUUUUUUCUGGUAUAUACUUGCAGUGAGUGAUACAUUUCACUGUUGCAAGAAAAGAAUGAUGAUUUUUUUAGUUUGAAAAGACUACUAUCACAUGGACAAAAUAAGAGGUAUCUCUUCGUGUACAGAGGGCACCAAAAGUGAGAGAAACCAAAAGUUCCUAAGAUGACAGAUCUUUAUUUUGAAACUUUAGACAACCUUUUUUGGAAAAAACGUUCUGUUAUUGUUUUGUAUGGUCUGCUGCCAACUUGUGCCUUUUCUUUACCUGUGCCUGUCUCUAAUCAUACACAGGGAGAGAAAGGUUCUCCAGGAGAAAGAGGUUUCCAAGGGGCCUCAGGUCGUCCAGGAUCAGAUGGCCAUGCUGGGCCAAUGGGACCAAAGGUAUGAUUUCUUUAUCUUGAUCACAAGCAGAUUUUAUGACCCCAAAAUUUAUCACUGAUUUCAGAGGACAAUUUUUCCUUUUUUAGAUACUAACAUUUUAGUUAUGCUGUGUUAAUUUAUUUGUGACAGGGUAAUAUUGGAGCUGUAGGACCUGUGGGGCCAAAAGGCGACCCGGUAACGAAACUCUGCUCCUUGAUAUCUCUUUGGUUGUUUAAGUAUCUUUAUGCUUUAAAUUACUUGUGUAAAAUAUUUAUUUGGAUGUGUAUUGGAAGAGUGCAAACAUAGCAGCUGCCUUGAAAACUCUCUGUGGAGCCCUUGUUGGCUUUCAGAUCAAAAUCUUGUUUUGAUUCUCUGAUUUUAGGGGCCUGAGGGUAAAGACGGGUUUGCCGGAUCUUAUGGUUUACCGGUAAGAUGUUUUAUUCUCUGUAAUACAUUUUUGUUUGCUUGUAUGGGAGCAUAUACCUACGUAUGUCAAUCAAUUCUGUUGAUAAUGUCUUUCAGGGUGUUCCGGGUUUACAAGGGCCUCCAGGACCCCAAGGGGCCUCAGGCUGCAAUGGAACAGAGGUCAGAGAAACACACAUUUUAGUGUCUGUAAAGUUUUAGAGUUUUCACUGGUUUCUCAGUGAGCUUAUAAGGUCACUCUUCUUUCUGUCUUUAACCCUAAAAUACCUGAAACCACAAAUUAUGGCCAGAAAAGUAAAAUGUUUUGGAGCUGAAAUGUUUAUUUCACUUACUAUUGAAAACCAAAAAAUUAGAAAAUGUCCUUAAAAUUUUACAAAUAUAUAUAUUUAUUUAUUUAUCUUAUUUGAUACAUCAGAUGUUUUUGGAAACUGAUAAACCACAAGAGGACAUUUUUAUCAUUUAUCGGACUGUGUUAAGAUGUUUUUUUAGUAAUUUGUUGAUCAUAUUGAUUGAUAGAAGUAUUGUAUCAAAUAUGAUACAAAAGACAAUAAAGGGUUAAAAAAAACUCAGUGUAGUUUCUGUAUGUACAUUCAGGGAGAAGUUGGACUUCCUGGUAUUUACGGAGCCCGUGGCGCUGAUGGACAUCAAGUAAGGCUCAAUAUCAAGAGAAUUUCUAUCAGUUUUAAAACUAUAAUAACAUUCACUGUUUUGAUUUGUUAUAAGUCUUCAACUGUUGUCUAAUUUUCUCGAUUAUGUAGUGUCUUAACAGCCAUCAAGGCAGAUGUCUAAAAGCUGCUAAUCUCUGCUUUGCAGGGUUCACCAGGCCCGCGUGGACACAAGGUAACAAACGAAUGUCUCACCAUCACAGGCCCAGCUGUUUUUUUUUUCUUCAGUGAAAGGGUGAAACUGCAGAACUGCUCAGCAAUCACUGCUUUUAAGACAUUUGCUAGCUUCAUCAUGAUGCAUCAAGUACAAGAAAUAACAUGACACAGCAGCAGCAAGUGUCCUCUCAGCCUCCCCGAACUCCCAGAGCUAAUUUUGUACUUAAUCCAUGUGAGACCUAUAACUUGUUUAGGACUUUUUUUAUUUGAGUGUGGUUUUCCUUCUGUACAGUCUGUCCCUUAUAUUUUUCUGCUCACCCUCACAUCUGAUUCAAGAGUUAAGAAACCUUCUUGGAUCAUGCUUUCAUUCAUAACUUUUUUCUAUAAAUACAGUCAAAACUUGAGGAAGAAAUUCUACUUCAGGUUAACAGUUCUGUAAAUAAUCAGCUCGGAUUAUGCAGCGACUUACAGGAGAAGCCGCCCAGGUGCUGAAUAUACUCAUUGUAAAUCUGAGCACGUAGAUGCAUGUCGUGUUCGCAGAAACAUAAAGAUGAGUUGUGAAAGCUAAUGCAGAGCCUGCGGACUACUAGUACAUCGCACCUUCGCACAUUGUAUUCCAAGAACAACACCUUCCCCUCGACAUUACAGUAUUUCAGCUGUUUCUAACACUGGAUUCUGUACUCUUAGGAGCUGAAACUUAAAGCAAGCUCUCUCUCUUCUACAGGGUGAAUCCAGGCUGUCAUUGCAUCCAUCACCAGGGACACGUGGACCCCCUGGGAGGGAUGGAGACCCGGUAACAAUGACAUGAUAGAAUUGCGAACACUACAUCUCGCCUUGUACAAAAUCUUCCAUUGCGGUUCAUGACACCAUCAAUUUGUAUCUCAGGGGGAUCCAGGUGUCCGAGGAGAGUAUGGACCAGCAGGUGAUCAAGGAUCACCAGGCGCUGUUGUCAGUAAAGUUAUUGAUCGUCCUGCACAAUGUCAGUAUAGCAUUCUGGGAGUGAUUGUGAUGGCUGUUAUAUCUGUCUGAACAGGGGUUUCCUGGAGGUCGGGGGGGUCCAGGGUCUAAGGUAAUUUCAGAUUAGUCUUUAGAUUUGUGCAUGAAUGUGGAAGUUGGAGUAUUUUCUAUUUUCUGUCUGUUUAAAAAUUCAUCAUCAGCAGAUUUACCCUGCCCAGGAAAGUGGCAGCAUUUCCCAGCCGUUCUCAUUCCCUUAAAGUGCCCUCUUUGGAGGAGCAGUGUUUUGGGAUGUAUUGUGCACAUCUGCCAUGUUGUUGCCCCCUGGUUCUGUGUGAAACUCCUCUACACACAUGAGCUGUGGUGAUAAGAUAAGGAGGAAUAAAAACAAUCUCAACCAGUUGGUGCGAGUUAGUAGGAACUCAAGUAUUGAACGUAAGGACCUGACUGCAGCCAAAGUUGGAAAAAAAAGUUAGAAACACGCAGAAUGUUUUGGGAAAGUCUGGGAGAUCUGAUUAUACAAACAAGUUGCAAGUUUUUUCCAUCCUCCAGGGUCAAGAAGGAACAGGAGGUGUCCCAGGACCUCGUGGGCUACAGGUGAUUUUUUUAUUUUUUAUUUUUUAACACAUAACCAUAAUAAGAUAGAUAGUGCCACUUCUUAUGAAUACCUGUUUCUAACCAGAUGAAAUCUCCUCAAAUAAAAACAUGCUCAAAAAAUAUAUCUCAAUUUGUGUCAAUGCAGGGCAGACGAGGACCACUAGGCCCCCCAGGACCACCAGGUCGAAUCAAAGAGUUUUUCUCUGAGAGUCGUUCGUUAAAGGUACAGUAAAAGACUUUGAGCAAGUCACUGGGGAUGCUAUCUAUUCUCAUCAUUAAAGGGGGCAAUGCUAUGCUAAUGCUAUGCAAUGCUAUUGCAUUAUACAGUAAAACGAGUGAUUCUAAGCAUUAUGCGGCAUUAUCAUGUCUUAAAUCUUUGUAUAAGCGUAGCAUAGCAUGAAUAAACCGUCAUAUUUAUUGUGGUUGAUCAGCUUUUGUGUGUGUUUGUGUGCGUGUGUGUGUGUGUGUGUGAGAGAGAAAGAGAGAGAGAGAGAGAGAGAGAGAGAGAGAGAGAGAGAGAGCACAGGAGGCGACAUGUCUCACACUUGGUUUGAAUUUUCACACAUCAAAACAAACAUGAGUCCAACAGUGAAAUAUUUCACAAGAUUUAACUGUUAUCGAAAAUGUUUCACCGGCUGGCUUCACACCUCUGCUUUAAAGUCACGGUUUAAAAUACUUGCUAAAAAAAAAAAAUACUGAUCUCUCCUCAUAAAUAGAACAAGGACAAAAGAGAAAGAGAAAAGAAGCUCAUUUUCGGUUCAGUAUAGUUAACUUAUGCCAUGUCUAGUGCUGAAUUGGAAAUGAUUAUCUGACAGAUGCACUAUGAUAAAGGUCAUAAGAGCAUUAAAGAUACCUGUACCCAUCCUCUCUGGACUGCUCAUGUCCACAGUUUUUGACAUAUCUUGAUCUUGAUCUUGCGAAUCAAAAAUUUUAGCAGCUGCAGGUUCUGGACAUAGAGGGUUUAAGACAUCACUUCACCACUGCUUAACUUACAACUGGGAGGAGUGAUGAGGUUAGAGCAUAGAUACAGAGGACAGAGAAAUUUCUGCUGCUGCAGUAAAGAGUUCAAAUAAAACACAAGCUAUCUGACUGAACUUAAGUUUCACUUCCACACAGGGUGAAAAAGGAGAUCAUGGAGAAAAGGGCUGCAAGGGUGCAAUAGUGAGUUGCUUUUUGAAAUAAUUCAUACUAAUUACUUUACGGUAUCACAUUACAAAUACUAGAAAUAUUUACCUGUUUUAAUCUUUAAUUCUCCAAAUCUUAUUUUACAGUCUUAGUACUGUACAUUUGCUGUAUCUCACUUCAUCUUUUCAUUCUAUCAAUCACCUCUCAGGGAGACCCUGCUUAUGGCUACAGCACUAAAGGGGUCAAAGGAGACAGAGGACCAGAGGGUCCAGAAGUAAGAUCACUCAUGUUGAUUGAUCAGACUCCUCUAACUCUUGAGACUGUGUUUCUGAUGUUUCUGUGCUCAUGUGAUUUGUGUUGAAAAACAAAAACUUUUUGUGAUUUCUUUGACUGUUGUAUUCUAUUGUUUCUUCUCAAAAUAUGUUUCCACUUAUUUAAAUUUCCUUUAUAGGACUGGCAGUCUAUAAAAGCAAUAGCUCAGUAACAGGGAUGAACAGCAGAGGGCACUAAUGCAGCAUCAAAGUCAAUCUAGUUUCCUGUUUAACAGGAAAGGGAAGAGGACAAAGAAAGAACACAGCCACUACCUUUUUUUAUUUUGGUUAUUUGUUCAUUUGCUUUUUUAUUUUUAAGUAACUAUUUCUUGGAAGUUAUCAUGAGCACAUGAACAACUUCAGCAUGACUCUAUUUUUUUAAAACUACUGUAGAAAUUGUGCCUCGCUUUAACUUUUAAUUUGUCUUUACAGGGAAGGCUGGGGAAGGAGGGUGACCCUGGAGCACUUGGAUCUCAGGUAUUUCACUUUGUAGAGUUGUUGUGUUACUAAAUGCAUUGUAUGCCUUUGAAUACACUAUAGUUUUUUUUUUUUUUAGGGAAGGCCUGGCUAUAGAGGUGAUCCGGGAUAUCCAGGGACACAGGGAGAGAUGGUCAGUAAUCCGUCAGUGUCAGGAACAACACGGUCUUAGGUGGAUGUGUAGAUUUUAUACUGUUUCAUCACUCUUUGACUGUUCGUUGUUAUAUUUAGGGUGAAAAGGGGAAUAGAGGUCCCCCUGGUCCACCUGGAGAUGUGAGUCUUUUCAUUUUUUUACACUCAGAUUUUUUUUGUUAUUUUUCAGUUUCUGACUCACUCAGAAAGCCAGUUUUCAUUUCUGAAACAGUUUACCUUUGGAUACAGCUGCAGGAGUCUUUUUCAUGCUUCCUGGUGUUUUGUUUACAGAUCAGGCAUGGGCCGGAGCCUCUCAAAGGCUACCAUGGAGAUCCUGGCCCUCCAGGCCAACGUGGGCCUCCUGGGCGCCAAGGUAUACUGACAAAAGAGGCAGAAGAUGUCACGUUUUGGCAUUAAACAAAAAGGAAAAGGACCCAAAUGCAGGGUGACAAAAACUUACUGAGAAUGUCCAACAGAAAAUUUUCCAAAGGCAAAAAACACAAGCGGUAAAAUCCAAGGAACAAAAAAAAUCACAGGAGACUCACUGGGAACACAUAUACAUACCAUGCACAGAAGCAUUGACACACAGAAAGAAACAGGGGAAGACAGGGACUUUAAAUACACAGGGAAACGAGCAACGAGAGGCAGGUGAGACACUGAGACACAGGUGCAAACAAUCACAGAGGAGUGAAAACAGGAAGUAAAACAAGACUAGAAACAAAGGGAAUAAACUACUACAAAAUAAAACAGGAAACACUUCAAACUGAUAAUGAAUAAAACUGAGAACAAGAGGGAACUGGGGUCAGACACAAACUGAAAACUCACAAGAUAGGACUACAGGGGAACAGGAACACUCGGGCACAGAAACACUGGGAAAAAUCAUAAAGAAAAUACACUCAAAGGACCAAAACCAGAGGAAACUAAAUACCAGAACAUAUAUCAUGACAGAAGAAAGUCUAAGUUUUGUUUUUGACAACAUUAUUUGUCAAGAAAUAACACUGUUUACUUGUACUUUUCAGGUGUUGCGGGGUUUCCUGGACCGGAUGGCCCUCCAGGUCUGAAGUGAAGAAAUAAAUUAACCAUUUUAUUUUUAUCUUUAUUAAUUAUCACUCAGACUUUAUUAGAAUUAUGGAGAACAGAAAUAAUUUUGUUUCAGCUAAAUCUGUUCUUGUGUCUGACUUGGAAUUUUACAGGACAGAUUUCUGGGGGUUAUGUGCCAGGUCCACAGGGUCCCCGUGGGUUUCCAGGCCCAAAAGGAGAUCCUGGGGACCCAGGACAUCGUUAUGCUACACUUCCAGGUCUGGAUGGAGAUCCUGGUGAUCAAGGGCCUCGUGGGGAUCCUGGCCCACCCGGACCUCCUGAAGACAGAAGUGUGUGCUAACUUUCUUCUUAAGUGAACGAACCAAACUGUGGGAACUUUUCCUAAAUCUGCUGUAACUAUUGAUGCUGCAUCUGCUUCCUGAUCCUAUAACUGCAGUGUUUAUCUCAAAUACCGUUCUAAUUUCAAAAAUAAAGUUCAUGGCUUUGAGUGUUUUAAGUUGUGUAAACCUUAGUGUUGUGUUUGACAGUAUGUGAAGCAGUCAGUUUGUUGCGCAGAAACAGAAGUAUUGACUCAAUCCAAUGGAAAAGCUCAUAGUUCUUUGUGUACAUAUGUUGAUUUAGUACUGAAGAAAAAGUUUUUGGUAUAAGUGUGGUUAUGUUGGAAAAUCAUAAACAGACUGAUGGACGUUGUUGUUUUUCUUGUAGCUAACAGAGUCACCAAGGGUCUUCCAGGAAUGAAGGGAGUAAGGGGGCAGCCUGGAGACCCUGGAUAUGAUGGGACAUUUGGAAUGAAAGGUGGGGAACUCAUAUGCGAAAACACAUUUUUACAAUUUUGUGACCUGCAUUACUUUUUCUGGAACAGCUCGAUCAAGUUCAGUUCAAGAAAACAUUACAUUAUGCAACAAUUCUGAGUUUCAUAAAAACACUACGGUUCUUCUGUACAGGAGAAAAAGGGGAGCCUUGUUAUGACUGUUACACAUCUGGAUCCCCUGGACCACCUGGUCCACCUGGUCCACCUGGAAGACCUGGUAAAACCACUGUCUGUUAAAAAACACACAGACUUCAGCUUCUUUGCCCUUAAAUUAAAUAAAGUUUCAUGUGUCAUUCUUGUGCGUACAGGUGUUUUUCAAAUCAGUAACAAAUCUAUUUUAUAAUGUAUUUGACCAGGUAUUAAUCAAGGACCAGGUGCUAAAGGUGAUCCAGGCUUCCCAGGACCAAGAGGUCCACCAGGAAUCCCAGUAAGAGAGCAUGUUCAGAAAGGAGGACGGUUGUUGUGUUAUCUGUUUUGUGUUUGUUAUUUUGUAAAACUUAAAAGAUAAUCUCUCCUAAAGGGACCUCUUGGUGAAACUGGAUAUCGAGGCCCUCCUGGACAAAAGGGGGACCCUUCUACUCACACCGCCCCUGGGAUUAAGGGAGAAACAGGAGACCAAGGACAACCAGGAAGACCUGGUGCAGAUGGCCGCCCUGGGUUUCCUGGUCCACCUGGUCAUAAAGGCCUACAAGGACCUCCAGGGGACUCAGUGAGAAAGAUUUAACAGUCUUCCUUAAACUUGUUCAGUUUUCAUCUAUGUGCUACAUCAUACAACAUGCAAACAUUUUUUUUUUGGUUUUAUGUCUCUGUAGUAUCCCUACCAAGGAGGAGAGGGUGACCGUGGUUUCCCUGGUCCACCAGGGCCUCAAGGCAUCCCAGGACCAGUCGGCGAUCCUGGGCCAGCGGGGUAUGGGCCUGCAGGAUUCCCAGGAAUUAAGGGAGAUGUUGGAGUACCUGGCCUGCCAGGACAGCCUGGAAUUCCAGGUGAAGAAACAUAAUUACUCACUGCAAAUCAUUCGGUUCUUACCAAGACAAAAAAAAACUUGGAUUUAGAUGUUGGAUAAUUUCUCUUGUUUUAAGACUUAAUUUUCUUAUUUUAAGUGUUUGACUUUACACUAUAAUCUUAUAUCAAGCACAACUUUGUCUUUUUAGUCUCAAAUAGGCAAGAAAUCUUAAGAUGAGGAAAGUAACUGUUAAAAUAAGUUAUAUUCCAUCUUUCUUCCAAAGUCUCAUCAAAAGGAAUCUUGUUUUAAGGUUAAGUACGCCUUGUUUCAAGAUAAGCCUGCAUGGAUUGAGACAGAGUUUAGUAAUUCUUCACUAAUACUGGUUAUUUUUUCUCUAAAUUUCUAUUUUUUUUGUUAAACAUAUCUUAAUUUGGUGAAAGUAAGAAAACAUAAAAUGUAAUUGCUUAUGUUUGGUAUAUUUCACUUUUUUUUAAGGCUGUGACAAAAUUAACUUUUUAAGUUAUCUCAUCUUAAAACCAGCAUUGUCUCCUUACCUUAUACUGAUAUUUAGUACAUUUCACUUAUUUUAGGGCUGUAAAAGUUAAAUUUUAAGUAAUCUGAUCUUAAAACCAGCAUUUUAUACUUAUUUUAUACUGAUAUUUAGUAUAUUCAGUUUAUUUUGGGGGCUGGAAAAGUUACAUUUUAAGUAAUAUAAUCUUAAAACCAGCAUUUUUGGCUAACUUUGAACCUCCCAAAUACAUUUGUUGACGGGCUUAUUUCUAAAUUUAACAAUCUUCAUUCAAGAAAUCUUGUCAAGUGAAAUUAUCUUGCUACAUGGACAGAUAAUUCCCCUUGUUUUAGUACCUUCUCCCUCAGAUUUAGUGUUUUUAUCUUGUUUUUAGACCACCUUUUUGCAGUGCAACUCUUACAAAAACAGACUUGUGGACAAACAGAAAGAUAUCAGUGUCACCGCUUUUUCUCCUUUACUCACUGGCAGGCCAGAAAGGGGAAUCAAGCCACGUACAUGUUAAAGGACUGCCUGGACCUCCUGGGUUUAAAGGUCAACCUGGCAUAGAUGGGAAUCCAGGUAAGCAUGGCUGUAUGACUGGUUGAAAUACAUAUAUGGCUGAGUAGAUAACUUAUCCAAUAUCAUAAAGAGUCGAGGAUUGAAUCAUCUUUCAUACAGGCAGUGUCGGGGUGCCAGGCAACCCUGGACAGCCAGGUCCCAAAGGAGAGAAAGGAGAAAGAGGCAGUGUUACAUUUCCUGGAGGACCUGGAAUCCAAGGGCCAAAAGGUAAACCACAUGUCAAAGAAGUAAUGCAUAAAGUAAACAACUUCAUACCACUGAGACUGAAGGUUUUCAGAGGACGUUUUUGUAAUAUCAGGGGGUUUAUGACCGCCCACAGGAAUGUAAAAAAAAAAGGGUACUGAAUGUAUCAUUUUUGUUUCUGUCAAUGUUUUUGUUGAUCUGUCUUUCUUGUUCAGGUGACAAGGGGUAUCCAGGUCCCAUAGGCCUUCAUAGACGAGGUUUGCCUGGUCAGCAAGGUCCACCUGGUCCUCCCGGUCCUCUAGGACCAACGGUCAGAGACACAGACAAUGUCUUCUACAUACAUAUACUUGAUUAUGAAAACUGUCUAAUAAACAAAUAGCAUGGACGUUUUUUUCUUCUUCUGUACACACACAGACUUCUUUAUGUUAUCUGUUGUAAAACUCUGUCUUAUGCUGAGCUAACUGACCUAUGACUCGGGCGUCAUAUCUAUCAUACAGAAAAAAGGAAGGGUAACACUGCUUCUAUAGAAACAUUUCUGAUUAUAUGAAGCUUACAUGUGAGGAAAGGGAGGUUCAGGAACAGGCAGCUGUUUUUGAAUCACAGACAGCUCCCACUGAUUCUCCAUGUUUGAUGUAAAGUGAUAUGUCAUGACAGAUAUAUUCACAGCACAAUGUGGAAGUGCAGAAACAGGAAAUAUUUAAUUUAAACACAUAUGCAACAGUUAAGUGUAUGUUUAUGAUUAACAGGGUGAUGGUGGUCCUGGAUUCCCUGGACCCCCUGGACCCCCAGGGCCUCCAGGAGCAGAUGGAACCCAAGGGCCAACAGGAGAUCAUGGCUCCCCCGGCCUACCUGGGAACCCAGGACAAGACGGCAAUCCGGGAUUCCUGGGGCAAAAAGGUACAAGACCUUUAAAUGAAACACAAGGCUGUUGUCCAUGGAGGAACAGAAACACAUGUGAAGUUAAUAGCUCAACACACAAAUGCACACUCAUACACGCUUACCUGACCAACAGUGGACUAUCAGCCCAGACUGAUGAAGAGUGGACCUCUAUUUCUGGUCAUUUUAAUAAAACAACAAUAUAAUAGAUUUUUUUCUUUUGUGGUCUUUUACCAUAAUGUUACUUGAAAUGUGGCUUUUGAUGUUUUUUUUUAACUGCCAAGAGGGGACAUGGAUCCUUAAGUAAGACACACACACACACACACACACACACACACACACACACACACACACACACACACACACACACACAUUUGCAAUAUUUGUAUUGGCCUUUUAUGUACUGCUGUUUCCUGCUUUAUUCUAUGCUGCAUUCAGGGAGUAAAGGAUCUACAGGUCCACCUGGGCCACCUGGCGAUAAAGACUCUUGUAAAGGUGAACCAGGACCAAUGGGGUCACCAGGACCAGAUGGUUAUCCAGGAGAUCCAGGUCGGUUUGUAUUGAAGUCAUCAGAUGAACUUUACUGUAAAAUGUAGAGGCAUGGUAAAUUAAGAAAAUGAGCAACAAAAGGAGAUUGAAUGUCAAAUCUAAUCCUUUCUACAAUUCACAGUUCAAUAAAUUUCAACUGUUUUUCAUGUUCGAUAUAAAAGUCGUUUCUAGUUUCUUCAGCUACCCAGCUUCAUGUGGUUCCAUCUCUUUGGCUCUCCUCUCCCAGGACCUCAUGGAUCACCUGGUGAGAAGGGGAAUGUAGGUUUGCCAGGGUUUGGUCGUCCUGGUGCACCUGGUGAGCCAGGUCUCAUUGGACCAUCAGUGCCAGGUCUACAUGGGCCUCCUGGACAAAAAGGGUUAAAGGGACAAAGUGGUCGGCCUGGAAUACCAGGUAACAGAUUGAUGAUGAUGAUGAUGAUGAUGAUGAUGAUGAUGAUGAUGAUGAAUUCUCAGUAUAUUAAUGAUGCAAAUUUUAAGAUUUCAGCUUUUUCCAACAUCUUUAAAGUUUCUAACAAAUAUCUUCAUUUGAAUAAAAACAAUUGCAAAAAUACUAUGAAUGAAUUUUGAAACGGUAAUGCUUCCAUGCACAGACAAUGACAGAAUAUAUUUGAAAAUAUUUAAAUUGAUUUUAUCUUUAAAUGUUAUACUUGGACUUUUUUAGGACCAAGAGGAGACCCUGGAAUAGAUGGGAUAGCAGGAUAUGGACCUGAUGGGUUACCUGGAAUUCCAGGACCACCUGGCCAAAUAGGUAAGACACAAAAACAAACAUGCACAUUUUCAGAGAAACAAAUCACCUUUUGUCUUCUUUGUAAUAAGCAAACUUGAGUUCGCAUUAGUGACAAAAACUUAUUCAGCUCUUAUUCCAGUUCCUACAAAGCUGAGGCUUUCUGUUGGUUUUCAAUGAAGCUGUUGGCAAGUCACAGUUAUAGCUGAGAUAAUAAUCUCCACCAAUGUUUACAGGUGACCGUGGCCCAAAUGGAGCCAAAGGACACCCUGGUCCCCCAGGCAUGACAGGGGACCCCGGUCCCAGGGGUCUUCCAGGCCCUGUAUUGCCACCAAGGGAAAUACCUGGACCCCAGGGCGACCCUGGUAAUCCAGGUCAGCUGAACUGUAAACAUUUCUCGUACAAAUACAAAACACCAAUGACUUCCUGUAAGAUCGGGCUGUUUCCUGUUGGGCUGGUGUUUUAUUUUGGAUGAAUAACUUGACUUCAAACUUUGGUUGCGCUGGACUUUUUUAGGCCAAUUUGUUUAAGAUUCAAAGUCAUACUGUCUUGCUUUAAAUUCCUUCUUUCAGGUCAUCCUGGUCUACCUGGUCUCCAUGGUGACCCUGGAAAAUUGGGAUCACAGGGACAACGGGGGAGAGGGGGAGCACCAGGAGGUCCUGGACAAAGAGGUCAGACAUUUUUAAUAUACAGCACUAUGAAUCAUACACGAAUCAGGAUUUUGGUUCAUCUGAUUCCUACUUUUUCUUUUAUCGACAAUGUGGCAUACUUCAUUUAAGUGUUCUGUGAUUAUACGUGUUCAGGUCCCCCAGGUAAUCCAGGUACUAAUACAACAGCUAUGGAUGGAAGUACAGGACCGGCUGGAGCCCCAGGAGAUCCAGGAGUCAGGGGACCUCCUGGUAAAAGCCACAGUUUGCUCUAAGACUAGACACACUCAAAAAAAAAGAUAAAAGUUAUGAAGUUUUUUGGUCUUUUUUGUACAAAGUUUGCAUUUGGUUUAACUUUCCAAGGUCUAAAAGGACUAAAUGGAGAGCCAGGAUUCCCUGGAGGGACUGGUCCUCAUGGUACACCAGGUCCACCAGGCUCCAAAGGGGCACAAGGAGACCCAAGCUUUUAUGGUUCUGGACGGCCUGGACCCCCGGGACAAAAAGUAUUGAUAAAAAUAAUCAGGAACUUUUGUAGCUAAUUCAGAGAGUAAUUCUUAACCAUGAAGUUACUUUACUGAUUUAUUAUUAUUAUUAUUAUUUAUUUAUUUAUUUUUAAUUUAUUUAUUUAUUUACUGAUUUAUGAUUACUUAACCAUAAAAGUUUUUUCUCUGUUUCAUUUAUUCCUUUUACUGUCCUCAGGGUGAACCAGGAUUGGUUAGCACUUACACCAUGAAGGGUCAAAAAGGUGAACCUGGUCUAGGUGGACCCUCAGGUACACCAGGAUACAGUGGAGCCAAAGGAGACCAGGGACCUAGGGGACAGCCUGGUAACAACCACACAUCACUGAAAUAAAUCAGCCCAUGAUUUGUUGUUCAUUUUGUUUACUGUGUAAACCUCUCCACCCUGCCCCCUUUUAUUACAGGUCCACCAGGCUAUCAAGGGCCCAAAGGUUCAGAUGGUCCUCCGGGGAGCAAAGGACACACGGGACCUUUUGGACCACCAGGCAAUCUUUUUGGAAUAAUCCUUUUAAAAAUGACCUUACAUUGCUUUUUCCCUUCGAUUAUGCAGCUUAUUUUAGGUUUAAUCCAAGCCUUGUUGUUGUUGUAAUGUCUGUUUACCUCAGGUAGUCCAGGUGGUAUAGGUGUCGGUGGUCCCCCAGGUCCAAAAGGUGACCAGGGUCGAGAUGGGAUUCCUGGACCACCAGGGCAAAAGGGAGAGACUAGUAAGAGAAAUUCCGAUGCAAAUUUUCUUUGACUUUGAAAGCUUGUGCACAACCUGUCAGAAACAAAGCUUUAUGGUCUGUACAGCAUCUAUUCACUUUCUAUUCCCUGCAGUACUAACAGGAGGACCACCCGGUGUACGUGGCAUAACAGGUCCACAAGGUGAGUCUCAGGUAAACAUGUUAUCCCUUUAGAGAAUUUAGUAAACUUUUCUUACUUUUGUCAGUUUCCCUCAACUCUAAAAGGAAUUUUAUGCUUCAACAUUUGUCAAUGUCAGAUGAUUUGCUUCAGCAUCAAAGACAUAGGGUAUGUCUUACCUUACAGAGCCAUGGGCAUUUAGCGAAUGAGAGAGAGGGGCCAGCAUCAUACCUAAGAAACCAACAGGGAAAUGAUUACGGAAGGGCAACUAAACACAUACAAAAGUAGGGGGUUAAGUGUCUGAAAGGGGGAGGACAUUAGUGACACAGAUUAGAAAAGUAAAUUUAAACUGACAAUUGAAUUUUAAAGCGAUAUUCAAACCGUUUCGCUUUUGAUGAUGGCUGUCCAAGUCAGUUAAUUUUUUUCUUCUGUAGGUCCCCCAGGAGACCCUGGUCCCUCCUCACCCAACUGCUUUCCUGCACCACCUGGACCAACAGGAGACAGAGGAGAUCCAGGUCCACCUGGUGUCUGUGGUCCAAGAGGACUACCAGGCAGAGAUGGCACUUGUACCCCAGGGCCAAAAGGAAGCCCUGGCUAUCCUGGAGCACCUGGAAACCCAGGUAGGGAUGCACUAGGGAUGGAGCCACUACUAUUGGACUUGAUUGACCCUUUGAUAAAAGAGACCCUGAAUCUGACCAAUGACUGACUAUUCAUACUAAAUGACAUUAAACUAAAGAUUGAACUGCUUUGUAUGUAGGUUUUCCCGGUCCACCUGGUCCUCCAGGCCCCUCAGGGCCGGGGUUAAAGGGAGAAAGAGGGGACCCUGGAAGUACAGGGAGCCCAGGCCAUGGUGGACCCCCAGGAGAUCCAGGCCCUCAAGGACCCCCUGUAAGUGAAAAAGAAGAUGAUGGUUGAGUUUCAGUUUUCAGGGAUUAGACUUUUAUGGAUGUGUGAUUUUUUUAAAGUCGAGUUUUUUAUUAGAAAUAUUCAUAAUACCAUGGGCGCUUUUACAUGUGCUUUCUGUAUAGUUAGACAGAUUACCAAGAUAAGAUAACUUUUAAAACAGUUUUACAUUUUCAUCACAGACAAUACUCUCGCUCAGAGUUCUCGAAUAGUCACAGCAACUCUUAAAGUUCAAUUUUUCAACCUCUCCUUUGUUGCUUUUGCAUUCCAGGGUGUAGGAGGCAGACCUGGAGGCCCAGGACCAAGAGGUGAUCUCGGUCCUUAUGGAUUCCAAGGCCCCCUUGGUAAUCUAUCACUUCACUUCAGCCGAUAGAUGAAGAUUUCUCUUUGACUUUCCCCAGACAAAGUCAGAUGUGUCACCACAGAAGAGUAAUAGUCGGGGAUUGAUUUAUGUUCCUGCACCUGAGGUGAAAAACAAACAGGACAGAGAAUAAAAGGGAGGAGACACUAAGAUACAUGAGGAUUGAUUUUACUUCUUUCUUUGAUGCCUGAUGAUGUGAAUUUUCAAUGUGAUGAUAAUAAAAGAGACUUUCUUCUCAAUUUGAAUUAUAACCUUUGUGUUUUAGGUGACAGAGGAGAGCCCGGAUACAACCCAGGCCCACGUGGUCCGCCUGGGGGGAAAGGUUUUCCUGGACGACCUGGUGUGGCAAAUAUCUGUUUCACUUUAUAGCUCACAAAAAUCAGAACCACGACCUUGUAAUGUCAUAAAAACUCAAUCUAUCAGCACAUCCUUCAUGGAAUAUCAAUCUGACAUAGCGGCUUUUUAUUCACUCCUGCUCUUCCCUUUUAGGCCAAAAAGGUGAUCCACGCUCUCCUGAUGGGAUACCUAUACCAGGAGAUCCUGGCUCACCUGGUCUACCUGGAGUUACAGGAGUUACAGGAAGCUCUGGGCCACCAGGACCACCAGGACCACCAGGUCCAAAAUCUUAAUUGUGCACAAUAGUGAUAUUAGUUUGCAGUAAAACGACCAGUUUUUGCAUGUUCAUUGAAAGAUCAUGGAUAACUGUAGAGCGGUGUGUGGUUUGAAAAUCCUGUCAGUCCUGAACUGCUUUAUGGACUAUUUCUGACUCUCAAACUUUAUCAAACAGGCCAGCCAGGCAUUAAAGGACAACGUGGCACCAGCCCAGCUGGCCAGCCAGGAUUUCCAGGCCUCAAAGGAGACAAAGGAAGGGCAGGCACACCAGGUGUGUGCAUGUUGGGGUGUUGGUGUAUGAGGGCAAAUUUUCAUGUGUGUUGAUGAGCAAGGAGUUUCCGUUAAUAUCUCACUGUGUAACCUCACAUUGUGGAGGAUAUGGAUGACAGUAAAACAAGUGCAUUAAAAACUGGUUCCAUUAAAUGCUGAAUUUUGAAAUCUUGGUUGUACAUUAAAGCUUGUAUCAAGGAUGCAUCUUUAAAAAAAACCUCUGUGAUGGUUCUUAAUGACAAUGUCUGUUUCUUCUCCAGGUUUGGAAGGACCACGGGGAAACCCAGGCCAAAAGGGUCCACCAGGGUGGCCAGGCAAAGCUGGUCCAGGCUACGUUGACAGUUUCCUGAUAGCGAGACACAGUCAGAGCAAGCGUGAACCUGACUGUCCUAGUGGCAGCACCCGCAUCUACACUGGUUACUCCUUUCUCUUCAUUAAUGGCAAUGAAAGAGCACACGGUCAGGACCUUGGUAAGAGCAUAAAAACUGAAAUACUGGGAGUAUUUGCAGAGUAGAAAAUAAAUGUUUCCUUGAGAUGUUAAAUGAAAACCAUUCUUAAAACUCUCAUUAUUUCCAGGCACCUCAGGAAGCUGUCUCCCUCGUUUCUCCACCAUGCCCUUCAUGUUCUGUGACACAGAAACAAACUGCCGCUAUGCUUCUCGUAACGACUACUCCUACUGGUUGUCAACUGAUACGCCUAUGCCGGCAAACAUGGAGUCCAUCUCAGGGGACAUGCUGGCCUCCUACAUCAGCAGGUGGUGGACUUUGGUCACACAGGUUCUCAGAAUCUGGGUUUUAUUGUUAUAUGUAAAUAAUGUUUUUUAAGCCGAGUCAUAUAGAAAGAAUAUACCUGCUGAACAUCUUACAAACCAGGUUUUAAAAUAACUCUUGGUGGAAUGUGAGAACUCUCAAAGGCCCAAAACUUCUAAAGUAGUCUCGUCAUGUCUAAAACUAAAAGCCCUUUUGGAAAAAUUCAUGAAAACUUGUGCGUUUUAUCAGUUUUAAGUCCAUGCAUUUGCAGGUCAGGAUGAUUGGUUCUCUUCAAUUUGAUCGUCAUUGGCAGAAAUUUCUCAUUUUUUGGUCACAACUGCGAACUAUAUUGGUAAAUGUCUGUGUAUACAUUCCGUUCUAGGUGUUCAGUAUGUGAAAUCACCUCCAAAGUCAUAGCGGUACACAGCCAGACAACUCAGCUACCUGCAUGUCCUAGAGACUGGGAGUCCCUGUGGACAGGAUACUCAUUCGUCAUGGUAAAGAAGUCACUUUUCCCCCUCCUUGAAAAUCUGUACUGUCUCAUAAGCUGUUUUCGAUAUCAUUUUCUUUUUUUGACCUUCAUCCCCUUUAGCAAACAGGUGCUGGAGCAGAGGGCUCCUCCCAGCCCCUGGUGUCCUCCGGCUCAUGUCUGGAAAGUUUUCGCCAAGUGCCCUUCAUUGAAUGUCACGGCAGAGGGACAUGUAACUACUACCCGGAUUCUUAUAGCUAUUGGCUGGCCUCCAUAGACUCCACCAAAAUGUUCAGGUAAACAGCUGCCUUCAGUUUGAGCGCUCAUUGAGAGAAGUAGAACAAUUAAAAUGCAAUUUCUAAGACUUUUUCAACCUACUGAUAGUCAGUAGUAUCUUACUGUCUUGUCUGUAUUUGUGUAAUUUGGUAACAGUCUCGUGAGAAACAUUUCACUAAGUGUUCAUCCAAAACUAUCUUGUUUAAAAUAGCCUUUUUUUUUCUUCUAAAGAAUAUUUUCGGGGGUACUUUUUUUGCCUUAUUAAAAAGUAACAGCAGGUAAUGGAGAGGAAAGUAAAAGGAGAGUGAGGGUGGCACAGAGCAAAGGACUGGGGAUGGAAUUGAAUUCAGUGGUGCGAUAAGAGCUGGGCCUUAAAUGGCUUGUGCCUUACCAGGUGAUCUGCCCCAGCCCCAUAUAAUUACAUUCCUAACAGGCUGAUUGUGUGCAUGUGUGUGUGUGUUUGUGUGUGCGUGUUUUACUGUCUCCUUCAGUAAACCUGUUCCUCGGACAGUGAAAGGACCUUCUCUACAAAAUGUAAUCAGCCGAUGCCGUGUCUGCAAGAAAAGACCGUUGCAACAUAUUGUAGAUAAUCAACGUGGGGACAGUUUCUAA